AUGCCAAAAAUUUCGGCAAUAGAUCGAACGAAAGAAAUAGAAAAACAUUGGAUACCAAAAUUAUUUGAUGAACAUGAAAAAUAUCAAUCAGAACAAGCUAAUGAUAAGAAACAAAAAAUGUAUAUUCUACCCAUGUUUCCUUAUCCAUCUGGUCGUUUACAUAUGGGCCAUGUACGUGUAUACACGUUGAGUGAUACAUUAGCACGUUAUUAUCGAAUGCGAGGCUAUCAAGUUAUUCAUUGUAUUGGAUGGGAUGCAUUUGGUUUACCAGCUGAAAAUGCUGCAUUUGAACGAUCAGAAGAACCCGAUCAAUGGACAAAAAAAAAUAUUGCUUAUAUGAAACAACAAAUAAAACAACUUGGUUGUAGUUUUGAUUGGAAACGAGAAUUAUCAACAUGUGACCCUAAUUAUUAUAAAUGGACACAAUAUAUAUUCCUUAUGUUAUAUCAUGAAGGAUUAGUUUAUCAAAAAAAAGCAGCUGUUAAUUGGGAUCCUGUUGAUCAAACAGUUUUAGCCGAUGAGCAAAUCGAUGAAGCUGGUCGUUCAUGGCGAUCUGGUGCAAUUGUUGAAAAAAAAUAUUUAAAACAAUGGUUUAUUCGUACACGUGCAUUUACCCAGGUAUAG